AGCGAGCGCGGGACGGUGCGCGAAACCAGGCCGGCCACGUAGCGCUGCAGCCGAAGGGAGAGAGAGAGAGAGAGUCUCUGUGUGAGAGAAAGACAGCGGAGUUAAAUAGAAUAAAACAACAACACGGAGAGAGGUUCAUGUAAACAUACAGAUAAUAAAACAGAGAGGGUUUCUGAAAUAAGCUUAUUGCGCAUUCGUUUACCCUGAACAACACAGUCUGUAAGUGUCAGAGAAUGGGGAGAGAGGGCGCUCUUGCCGGGUUUGCCGUGGAUAAUGUUUGCGAAGUGUCGCCUAUGGCUGCUAACUCAAGAAGGACUGUUUUCUCAAGUCAUAUCCAGCAGUUAAGCUAAAAACACCAAAUCCUGCUACAAGAUGAUAAGCUCUUGCUGCUGUUGCUGCUGCUGCUAACACACAAUAAAGGAAUACUGUACAACUGGAGAAGAGAAAUAAGAGCCAUCUACGUUGCUUCCCCCUCCCCCCACCCCCACCCAGACCACUGCUAAUGAGAUCUUGCCAAAAGCCGAAGGACGGGCAUACGAUACAGGGUGCUGCUGGGAUGGCCCAAGAGGAGAGCCGUCGACCCAAAGUCCCACCUUCUUACUACCACGGUGCAGCCCAGGAGCUUGACCUGUCCACCAAGCUCUACAAGAGGGAGUGCAGCGGGAAGCCGUACUCUGUGCUGGUGGACAACAAGAUGAGCAAGACCUCCCUGACAGAGGUGCUGCCCCAGCAACAACAGCAGCAGCAGCAACCCUACUACAGGGAAGGGGGCAAGGGGGCACAGGAGGAAGAAGGAAGAGAAGGAGCAGGGCAGUCCUUGACGGGGGAUAGGGAAGGCUCGGAGGAGACAGAGGAUGAGGAGGAAGAGGAGGGAGAGGAAGAGGAGGAGGAGCAGCAGCAGUCUUUCAAGAGGGAGCAGAUCAUCGUGGAGGUGAACCUCAACAACCAGACUCUGAAUGUCUCCAAGGGCGAGAAGGGCCUGCCCUCACAGUGCGUGAUGAAGUGCAGCGAUGAGGAGGAGGAGGAGGAGAUAAACGAGAGCCCGGAGGAGGAGGAGGAGGUGGCAGAGGAGAACGGGAGGCAGAAGGGGAGAGCCAAGAAGGCGAAGAGGAGUGGCACCCACCCCCCGCGCAGGACCAGGAAGGCGGCCAUGGCAGCUGCCAGCGCAGUGGCAUCCUGUGUGACCAGGAGGGGCCGCAGGAAGAGCUCGGAGCCCCCCAAGAGGAAACGCAGGGUCACACCCCGCGAGAGCAAGGACUCCCCCGCCACACCCACACACCCCUCCCCCUCCUCCUCCCCCACCAGCGCCAGCGCCGCCUCUCAGAAGGGCAAGAGCGGGGCGGGGGGCGAGGAGAAGGAGCCGCUGACCUGCGAGAAGUGCCCGCGGGUUUUCAACACUCGCUGGUACCUGGAGAAGCACAUGAACGUCACCCACCGGCGCAUGCAGAUCUGCGACAAGUGCGGGAAGAAGUUUGUGCUGGAGAGCGAGCUGGCGCUGCACCAGCAGACCGACUGCGAGAAGAACAUCCAGUGCGUCUCCUGUAAUAAAUCCUUCAAGAAGCUCUGGUCCUUGCAUGAGCAUAUCAAGAUUGUCCACGGCUAUGCAGAGAAAAAGUUUGCCUGCGAGAUCUGUGAGAAGAAGUUCUACACCAUGGCUCAUGUCCGGAAGCACAUGGUUGCACACACCAAGGACAUGCCCUUCACCUGCGAGACCUGUGGGAAGUCAUUCAAGCGCAGCAUGUCCCUGAAGGUGCACUCACUGCAGCACUCUGGAGAGAAGCCUUUCAGGUGCGAGAACUGUGACGAGCGCUUCCAGUACAAGUACCAGCUGCGCUCCCACAUGAGCAUCCACAUCGGACACAAGCAGUUCAUGUGCCAGUGGUGCGGCAAGGACUUCAACAUGAAGCAGUACUUCGAUGAGCACAUGAAGACACACACCGGAGAGAAGCCGUUCAUCUGUGAGAUCUGUGGGAAGAGCUUCACCAGCCGGCCCAACAUGAAGCGUCACCGGCGCACCCACACGGGGGAGAAGCCGUACCCCUGCGACGUGUGCGGACAGCGCUUCCGCUUCUCCAACAUGCUCAAGGCACACAAGGAGAAGUGCUUCCGGGUCACCAGCCCCGUCAACGUGCUCCCGGCGCUGCCCAUCCCGCUGCCCAUCACCACUGCAGCACCCCCUCCCCCCGCCUCACCCUCCCCCACCAGCCCCACCCCCCUCGCCCUGCCCCCGCGGCCCAUCCCACACCCCUUCUCACACCUCCACCUGCACCCCCACAGCCACCACCACCUGGCUGUGCCCCCAGUGUCUCACCUCCCCCCGCCCCCAGCACUCUUCAAGAGCGAGCCCUUGAACCACAGAGGCCACGGGGAGGACGGGUACCUGCGGCACAUGGGCGACAAGAACACUGGAGCGCAGCAGCAGCAUUAAAAUGCAAUGUGUGUGUGUGUGUGUGUGUGUCUACAUUAUAUAUAUAUAUAAUAUCCAGUAUAUAUGAAUAUAUAUAUAGAGAGAGAGAGAUUUAUGUGUGUAUAUACAAUAUAAAGUCUUUUGCCCACUUUGCGAAGCUUAUGGAGAGAGGGCAUUCCAAACUGAUACUAUGUUCCUGUGAAAAUGCUGCUUUCAGUGGGUGUUUGCUACAGGGCCCUUUUAUAUGAGCAGUAGAGUCUUGAUCAUUCGUUGCCCCCACUGCUCUGCGGUGAACUGUUUUACCACAGCAGCGCAAAGUGGACGGCUGACUUUGGAAUCGCGCUAUGCACACACACACGCAACCUUUCAAGUGAAUGCAUAUCUUUUUUUUUUUCUUUUUUUAAAUCCAGAAUCAAAUAUUAUUGCUUACUCCCCCUUACCGUGAAGAUGCAGUACUCCUUUGAAAUCCCUUCAGUCACCCUGUGUGUGUGUUCAGUACAUGCCAGUGUAUAUACACACAUACGUGCCUAUAGUGUCGCUACUAGCAUUAAAACAUUGCAGAAUUCUUCAACGGUGGAGAAGACUUGCUGAUCCUGGUAUAGGAAACAUGGGCUUCUUUUGAGUAAAGGCACUUUUUUUGCCCUUUUUCUUCUACACCCUGUACACUUUAUAUAAAGUUUUAAGGAAAAGAAAAAAAUAGCAUUAAUUUGAACCUGACAAUAUGAAUCUUAAUGUAAAACCAAUCUCAACUUCUGGGAUGAUUCAUGCAUUUUCUUUUUUUUUUUGGGGGGGGGGG